AUGGAGAGCCCCGGAUUAUUUGGGCCAGAAGAUGCUGGUGGUGGUGGAGAGGCAGCAGAGAGCAUCGAAAAAGCGGCUGCCAAUGACAAUGUAGAGAAGAGUGGAGGAGCCGAUAGCGAAACCGAAACUAACGAGAAUCUGUUUGGGGAGGAGGAUGAAGCGAUGUCCGAGGGCGAGGAGAAGGUAGCACAGCAGGAGGAAGCGGAAGAGGGACUUCAGAAGGAAGAGGAGGAUGGGGAUGAGGAGGAGCCAAGUGCCAAUGUGGACAAGUCAAUGCUCAGGCAAGAAUCGCAAGAGAGCGGCGCAGUUAAGAAUGAGUCUCAGGAGCAAUCGGAGCUGAAAGAGCUGACGGUACCGCAGUCGCACGAGAUAGUGAUUCCUAACUAUGCCAGGUGGUUUGACCUGCGGAAGAUCCACUCAAUCGAGAGGCAAUCGCUGCCGGAGUUUUUCACAAACCGGAUAGCGUCCAAGACGCCACAGGUGUAUGUCAGAUAUCGAAAUUUCAUGGUUAAUUCUUAUCGAUUGAACCCGAACGAAUAUUUCAGCGUUACAGCGGCAAGGCGGAACGUAUGUGGGGACGCCGCUGCGAUCUUUCGUGUACAUAAGUUUUUGAUGAAGUGGGGUUUGAUUAAUUAUCAGGUUGACGCAAAGCUGCUGCCCAAGAAUGUGGAGCCGCCCUUUACUGGGGAGUUUUCGACAAGACACGACGCUCCGCGUGGACUGUUCCCAUUUGAGAGCUAUAAACCUUCGGUGCAGUUGCCAGAUAUGGCCAAGUUAAAGAAAAUGAUGGACACGAACGAUGAAAAUAGCGCGUUGCACAAAUACUUGGAGACAAGGAAGAGAAAGAUGAGCAACCAGAUAGAUUCUGAAGCGCCAGAGGACAAGGUUAAAGACGAAGAGAAAACCGAAAUCGAGGAAGAUCAGGCAUCCUCCACGAAUCCGGUCAAGAAGGCUAAAAUACUCGAGAACGUCGACGACCAGUGGUCUAGGGAGGAGUUGCAGAAACUGCUGAAGGGAUUACAAGAGCAUGGAUCUGAUUGGUACAAGGUCGCUAAGAGCAUUGAUACCAAGACCCCAGAACAAUGCAUAUUGAAGUUUCUGCAGUUACCAAUAGAGGACAGGUUUCUUCAUAGCCCGGGCAAGGAUUCAGGUCCUCUCAAAUACGCGCCUCAUCUACCCUUCUCGAAGAGUGACAAUCCAGUAAUGUCAACGGUCGCGUUCCUCGUAGGUCUAGUGGACCCCAGAGUGGUCCGACAAAUGACCGGGCGUGCUAUUACGGCAAUGGAAGAUAUAGACAAGGAGGAGAACAAAGACUCGGACGAGCUAAAGGAAGCUUCGGAAAUAGCAUUAUCAUCGCUUGGGGCCAGAUCACAUGUGUUUGCAACUAAUGAAGAGCGACAAAUCAAUGCCAUUGCCAGUGAGCUGGUCGAAGUCCAGCUAGCGAAAGCAGAGCUAAAGCUGAAAUUUCUGACCAAGAUUGAGCGAGCCCUGGAACUGGAAAGGAAAAGCCUCCAGAGGCAGCAGGAGGACACUUUAAUUCAGCGAUUAGCAUUAUCGAAGCAUUCUCACUUGGUAUAUCAAAAAUUGCAAGAAUCACUCGAGAUAAUCGACGACAAGGACAAAUUGGCUUCUCACCUCGCCGAGAUCAAGCAGCUAUUAGAUUGUCCUCCCAAAUUGAGCAUAGGCGCUGCGUUUGGGCUAUCACAGGAUGGCUCCACGUCUCCGUCAUCAACUCAAAGGCUAAAUGCCAAAUCGGAAGAUGAGGUUAAACCUGUGUCAAUCGAAGCUCCGCAGUUCUACAGGUAUUGGUCUGCAUAA